UUUGCGCCAGCCAUGCCAGCCGCGAAAAGAGACGUUCGUGGCACCAUCUGGUUUGGGAGUAUGCGGCCGCCUGUGGUCUCUACGCAACAUGAACCUCCGAGCAAUGCCUCGCAUCGUGUCCCAAGUGACCAGACGUCCAGUCGUGCCACUUCUGGGCUGAACUGUCCACCGCCACAGCAGUUGACUCCCAAUCCGGCUCCCCGUGAAAUCCUAGCACGGAGCCCGUGGGAAAUAUAUGAACCUUGCGCAGGCAUUGACUAUGGGCGAGUAAUGGUGCUGGCUAGACAUCGAAAGAUUAAGGCUAACUUAGUCUACAUCCAGAUGCAGGCUGAGCCAUUUGAGUGCACUCUCCAGCAGGCUUUAAUGUUGAGUUGCCACAUCACUGAAAGUGAAGUAGUCCAGAUCUUAUGGCCUUUCUUACACGGCCAGUGGAGGGAGCUAGCCAGCCUCACUCCUCGAGAUAUCUUGUUCAUCGAAGAGGGUGAAAUAAAGAUCAGUAUGUUUAUCAUGCAAAAAAAUGGCUCCAAAUUCACCUGGAGCCAGGAGAUGCAAAGCUUUAAAUCGGCGCUGGCCAAGAGCAACUCUGCGCGGUGUCUGGAUAAUCUAUUGCAGCACGCCUUUUUUGGACAAGUGACCGAGGAGGGAAGCCUGAAGUUACUGGUAGAGUUGGUGAACGAAACCAUUUCCCACGAAGUCCAAGUUCGGCGCGAGGGCACUCUUGCCAGGGCAAGGCCACUAGGGAAGCUUGCGAUGCCGUCUACAACAUAG